AUUCAGAAUGGGGAAGAAAACUGUACACCACUUUUAUGUGACCUAGUUCCUCUAAGCUCCACCCCUUGACUUGUUAUCUGAAUACAGGAAGACAAGCUCGUCUCUCACAGGCGUCAGGUUUCGUUACGGUUGUUCAUUGUUUCUGACACACAACACAAGACUGGGAUUUACAUUUUUAGUAGAAACAGAUAGAAAUUGGAAACGCCAAUAACGGACUGUUAGAAGGGAAAGUUAUUAAAAAGGCAAUAAAAUCAUUCUGUAGUCCUGUAUCUGCAGAUCGAUGAUGGAAACACCCAUUCCUGUUCCUGAGCUGCUGUUAGCCAUUUUAGAAGAGCUAAUCACUGAAGACCUUAAGACAUUCCAGUGGUACCUGACUCAGGUUGUGCUCAGCGAUUUUCCUCCCAUCCCUAAGAGCAGGCUGGAGAACACGGACAGGCUAACCACUGUGGAUAAGAUGAUCAAGACCUCAAGCUAUGAGGGAGCUGUGAAGGUGUCACUAGAGAUCCUGAGGAAGAUGAACCACAACAAUCUCGCUGAGAAACUACAGAAAGACAGCCAAAUAUCCUGUCCUGUGUGCCACGACAUCCUCAGGGAUCCUGUUAUACUGUCAUGCCUCCACAAAGUCUGCACAGUCUGUCUACAUGAAUGCUGGAACCAGAAAGAUUCUCGGCAAUGCCCUGUGUGCAAGAAGAGGAUCUUAAUGGAUACAGCAAGGUCUGAGGUGCUCUGCAGUUUGCACAGUGAGAAAUUCAAACUCUUCUGCCUGGAGGAUAAAAAGCCAAUCUGUGUGGUAUGUCAGACUUCAAAAAAACACAAAAACCAUAACUGUAGCCCCAUAGAUGAAGCUGCACAGGAUCAGAAGGAAGAACUCCAGACAGCACUGAAUUCCUUAAAGGAGAAGCUUGGGGUCUUUAGUAAAAUUAGCCAAACCUGUGCUGAACACAUCUUGAGCCAGGCCCAGCACACAGAGGGUCAAAUUAAGGGGCAGUUUGAGAAGCUUCACCAGUUUCUACGAGAGGAAGAGGCAGCCAGGAUAGCUGAACUAAAAGAGGAAGAAGAGCACAAGAAUCGAGUGAUGAAAGAAAAUAUUGAAGAAAUGAGCAGAGAGAUAUCAUCACUUGCAAACACAAUCAGAUUCUUAGAGGAGGAGCUGAAAGCUGAAGACCUCUCAUUUCUGCAGAACUAUGAGUCCACAAAGGAAAGAGCCCAAUGCAAACUACCAGAUCCAAUGCUGAUCUCAGGAGUGCUGAUAGACGUGGCUAAAUACUUGGGCAACCUGCAAUUUAGAGUCUGGGAGAAGAUGCAUGAGAUUGUGAAAUACACUCCUGUGAUUCUGAACCCCAAUACUUCCCAACCACAUCUCAUCCUGUCUGAUGAUCUGACCAGUGUGAGACACCGUGAUGAAGACAGCAUCAAUGACAGUGAUGAAACACGGCAGCUUCCUGACAACCCAGAGAGGUUUGAUACCUUUAGAAUGGUCCUAGGCUCCGAAGGCUUUAAUUCAGGGACACACAACUGGGACAUUGAGGUUGGGGACAAUACUCACUGGUCACUGGGUGUGAUUACAGAAUCUGUCCAGCGGAAGGGAGAAGUAAAGAAUGGAUACUGGCAAAUCCGAUUCACUGGUGGUAAAUAUGAUACACAUUCUCCAUCAGGGUCAGACACUCUCCUUACUGUGAGACAGAAACCCCUGAGGAUCAGAGUGCAGCUGGACUGGGAUGGAGGUAAGCUGUCAUUCUCUGACCCUGAUAAUAAGACAGUUCUACACACAUUCACACACACUUUCACUGAGAAAGUCUUUCCUUUUUGCCUUAAUGGCUGUAAACUCCACCCUGUGAGGAUUUUGCCAGUGAAGGCCUGUGUGACAGUGGAAAAGCCCAAUGAGACCUUCUUACAGGACACAAGUGUCAGAGGCUUAACAGUGAACACCCACAAUGAUUAUGAUAUGUUCGAUGAGGACAUUGAUGAAUUUGAGGAGGAAUACGAUGACUAUGCAGACCCCGAAGAUGAAGAUGAUGUAGAUGAAGAAGAUGAAGAAGGUGAAGACGAAGAAGAAGAAGAUGAUUAUUCAUAAGAUGACAAAUAUGAUACUGUCUCGAUCUCCAACAGUGGAACAACAGUUAAACUAUAGUAUAAGUACAAUAUAUGCAGGGUGUGGGAAUGGAUUUGGAUGUUCUUAUGAAAAAACUAAAAUGACUGUAGGUCAUUUUUUUUAUGUAACUGAAUAUUAUUUCUGAAAAUCAACAGCAUGGAAUAAUCAUAUUUUUACUAUAUUUUUUUUUUUAUAUGACUCCAAAUAUGUUUUAACUGUAAUAUCAAUGGCUGAGUCUAUUCACUUUAAUUGUUAAUAAAAACAUUGGUUUGGAAAAGUAAAAUCUAACUCAGUGGCCAAUUUAGUUAAGAACAUACUUUACAGCCUAUGGAAGCAUUUAGUUGCUGAAACUCAAUUGGUAAUUCAAAUGUUAAAUCAAUAUGUUUGCAAUUCCUUUGUGACAAAAUUCAAAUUGAAUUGCAAAAAAAUAUAUUGCAUUUUCAUGAUUGAGUAUGAUCCAUUAAUUUCCAUGGUACUAUCCUGUACAACACUCACACAUUUAAAAAAUAAAACGUAAAAGCUUAUUACAUUUCUGGGGUUGCAGGUAGCCUUGUUACAUUUGGGGCGGCAGGUAAGCUAGUGGUUAGAGUUUUGGGCCAGUAACUGAAAGGUUGCUGGAUUGAAUCCCUGAGCUGACAAAGUAAAAAUAUGUUGUUCUGCCCCUGAACAAGGCAGUUAAGCCACUGUUCCCCGGUAAACUGUCAUUGCAAAUAAGAAUUUGUUCUUAACUGACUUGCCUAGUUAAAUGACGGUAAAAAAAAUAUAUAAAUAAAAAUACUCAUGAUUAACUUGUUGUAAUAGCAAUAAUUGUGAAAGAAAGAAAAAAUAAUCGCCAAUUACUGUGUGUGGUUUAAAACUGUCAAAUUUCAAAUGAUCAAUCAAAUUCAAUAAAUCUAUCACGAUGCUCCAUUUUGCUAUUUCGUUUCCUCAUUGCACCGUGGCGUUUUCGAUGUGUUAGACCUGUUUGCUAACAUGAGGCGGAAGGGGUAUAAUAAGACCUGCUGGCAGCAGACUCUUUCGGUAGUAGCUGUAUGGAUGUGGCGUGUUUUAGCUGCCCGGGCAACAACAGACAGUAUGAAAAAUUGUAUGCCUAGACUUGACAGAAAGUAGCAAAAUAUGAAUGUUGAUUUUUUUUUGCACACAUAUUCAGUAAAAAUGUGCGAUUACAUAAAAAGUUUGAUUGCGUAAUUUCUUCAAAUUUUUUAUUAAUUUAUUUGCCAAGUAUAUGAUUUAUUCGAUGACAUCCACAAAUUAAUUGUGAGAGCCUAUAAUAUAAUUUCCCUUCAAAAGGCAGUUUUGGAGCGAAAUGCAAUAAUAAAUAGUCAAGAUAGCAGAGUAGGCUCUUUCAACAAUGAGACCAACGUUGAGGAAGGUGGUCUUGAUCGCACUGUUGGGCCGGGACCAGCCCCGCCGAAAGCGCAGGUCUGUGUGGGUCCAGAGAUGGUUAAAGUCCCGAAAGCAGGCAGGGGAGUUCCACCGUCUAAUUCAAGAGCUUCGACUGUUUGGAGAGGAAUUCCGAAGUUACUUUCAUCUGGACCGAAGCCAGUUCGAUCACCUGCUCCAGAUGGUUGGAGCCAGGAUCACCCGGAUGAAUAACAACUACCGGGAGUCGAUCAGCCCAGUUGAACGCCUGGCGAUUUGUCUCCGAUUCUUGGCGACAGGGGACUCCUACAGGACCAUAGGAUUCAGCUUCCGAGUUGGACGGUCCCCUCUGUGGCACAAGCCAAUUGGGACUGUCUGGUUGGUGAAAACAUGCCUGUCCCCAAAGAGGAUGACUGGAGGGCCAUCGCUGCUGAGAUCCUGGAGAGGUGGAAUUUCCCAACUGUCUUGGCUCCAUUGACGGGAAACAUGUAGUAAUCCAGGCUCCACCGUGCUCAGGUUCGCAAUUCUACAACUACAAGGGUUCAUAUUGAUGGGAAACAUGUAGUAAUCCAGGCUCCACCGUGCUCAGGUUCACAGUUCUACAACUACAAGAGUACAUAUUCAGUUGUACUCUUGGCUGUAGUAGAUGCCAUCUACUGUUUCCGUGUUGUCGAUGUUGGUGCUUACGGCAAGGGAAGUGAUGGUGGGACCCUCCGGGACUCUGCCUUUGGCCAGGCACUUCAGGAUGGCACCCUGGAUAUUCCACAACUUGCAUCACUCCCUGGGGCUGAAGACCUGGGACCUGUUCCCCACGUCUUCGUCGGCGAUGAGGCCUUCAAUGAGGCCUUUAAGACCCAACCUCAUGAGGCCCUGCGCUGGACGCCAGCUGCCAUUGCCAAAGCCUGUAAGGAUCUUUAACAAAUGACUGUCCAAGGCAAGGUUAGUUGUUGAAUGCACCUUUGGGAUUCUGGCAGCCCGAUGGAGAAUGUAUUGGAGAGUGCUUGGUCUUAGCACCUCAAAUGUCGAUGCCUGUGUGAAGGCCACAUGUCUUCUCCACAUAUACCUGCGGAGGUCAUUCCAGGAGCCGCUCCGGAUGGAGAUGUGCACGCCAAAUGGUCACCUUCCUGAUGUCACCAGGGCAGGUGCCAACAACGCCCCCAGACAGGCACUCCAGGUGAGGGAGAAGCUGACCACCUACUUCUCAUCGCCAGCAGGUGAAGUCCCAUGGCAGUAUGCCGUGGAGUGAAACGGCUCUUCUAAGAGCCCCAUAACACAAAGGUUAUUUUAAGAACCAUCCACCGUUGUCCAUAAAAUUGCAUUUUUCAAUUUGGGAGUAAAGACCAUCCCUUAACCCCUUCCUUCUCCCAUUAACGUCAGUAUUAUACACACCUGGCAUGGUACCUCAGGUGAGCAGGAGCACUGAUUAAGGUUAUACAACAUACAGUUAGUAUGAUAACAAAGGGAAAGGGUAACCUAGGGUCCAUACAAAUAGUACAGUUUACCACCAUGUUCACUGGCCUGAAAAAAUACAGGUGGAAAAAAAACUAAUUAGGAAGAGAAUGUGUUUUUACUUUCAUCUUGUUUUAGAUCAGCAAAGGUGUAGGGAAGAAAUAAGCAGAUUAAGUCUAAAUUAGAUAUUAAUAAACAACUGAAACAACUGACUAUGAAAACAUAAUUUAAUAAGUAUUCAAGUACAGGAAAGAACAUGACAGGUAUGUGAGUUGUAAAAAUGUUUAAAAAAAAUAAAACUAUUGAAAGAGG